AUGUUUAUACAUAAGCUCAAGCCUACUCUGUUGGCCAGACAACGCCUACUCAAUAGAAGUCUCCUUGGAGCAUCCAUGAGGAGCCCCACUGUACACAGACUUUCAGCAACGAGAUGUCUCCAUCUACAAUCGCACAUCACGAUUCCCGAUACCAAAGAAGCUGAGGCUAUUGUGCCCUUACUGCAACAGAUUGAAGCAGAUGCUCAACCAUCAGCGAGUACCUACAACGGCGUCUUGACAACAUUGGCAUUGGAAGGCAGAUCUGAACAAGCACAAAGGCUAUACGAUGUUAUUUUUCGAAAUCACAAUGUCAAGGCUGACAUUGACACCUACAGCCAGCUCAUGUUGGCUUACAUGAAUGACGGUAAAUACGAAGAAGCUAUGGAGAUCUAUUACGAACUUCGUGAUCACGACGAAGAUCCCACAAAGAAUUUACGCUUGAAGCCAGACACAUACGCAUUCAUGUUGCAGUCUCUGACAGAUCCCAACAAAAUCCAACAAAACCACACACAGUUCGAGAACAACGUGGAGCCGAUAUACGAGUAUUCAGUAGAAGAUGUCGAUUCGGCCCUUUACCCUGAUAUUGAUGGCGAUUCACAGCCUGCAUUAUUGACAGCAUUAGCACUCUUUAACGACAUGCGACAUUUAGAAAUUCAGCCUACACCUGACAUGUACGCCAAUUUACUGAAAGCAUGUGCAGAUCAAAAGGAUGGCCAUGUGCUGGAAAAACUACACAAGUUAAUUCGCAUGGACCUCUAUCUCGACCCUGAUGUGCGAGUGUUUAACCAAUUGAUGCGAGCAUACGAUGUGGUAGGGGAUCCAGCGUCUGUAUUGGAGAUUUGGGAAGUGGCGGAGUCGUCUAAUGUAGUGGAUCGCGAUUCAGUAUCAACAGUAUUGCAAACAUGCUUACGGAAUGGAUAUGUCAGUCGAGCCGAUGCUAUCUGGGAGUCAUUGAAAUACAAGAGGAAAGCUAUUCAGCCUACAGUGGAUGACUUUAAUGUCUAUUUACAGUGCAUUUUGAACAGCAAUGACAUUGAAAAGGCAGAGACGCUGGUGCAAGAGGGUUUAUCCACAGGUCAAGCCGAUGACUCUAGUGUAAAUAUUUUGAAAACACAUACAAACAAUACUACUACCACUACAGCCGAUGCCCAAUAA